UAGUGCUCAUUCCCAGAUCAGACAGCCAGCAGUCGACACAGGGCAGUGGGACCAGCCGUGAAAUAUGACAGGCCAGGUGGCAGUAGAGAGCACAGACCUAUCAGCGCACAGGCUGUCAGUGAAGACGUCAAUGGAGGAGGAGUCUGAGAGGGCGGACAGCACCUUAAGCCGCGUGCAGUCUGUGUGCGAUGACACCUCCUCAGAACUGCAGAGAGUGGCCACCAUCGACCCCCGGGGACUCAACUCCCAGAAUUCCUUUCGGGGGAGAGGGGCCAUGUCGCGCUUGGUGAGCAUGGUGAUCACCCUGAGGGAGUGGGCCCAUAAGAGCCUGCUGGAGGAGGAGGAGAGGCCCGACUCUUUCCUGGAGAGGUUCAGAGGGCCGGAGCUGAGAGCCGCUCCCAGCCGCAUCAGUAACAACCAGCCCGAUGCCUCUGGCGCAGACAACAAAGUCCAUGCCAAGAAGAAGUCAGAUGUGUUUGUUAUGGCGCCUGCAGAUGAUAUCUACUACCGCUGGCUAUUCGUAAUUGCCGCCGCUGUGCUUUACAACUGGUGCCUCCUAGUUGCCAGGGCCUGCUUCGAUGAGCUGCAGACUGAAAGCUUCAUCCUCUGGCUGGUGCUGGACUACCUUUCCGACGCCAUCUACAUCCUGGACUCCUGCGUACGGCUGCGCACAGGGUUCCUGGAGCAGGGUCUACUGGUGAAGGACCUGUCCAAGCUCAGGGACAGUUAUGUCCACACGCUGCAGUUCAAGCUGGACGUGCUGUCCAUCCUGCCCACAGAUCUGGCCUAUCUGGCCACAGGUGUCCACACACCCCAGCUGCGCUUCAACCGGCUGCUGCGCUUCCCUCGCAUGUUCGAGUUCUUCGACCGCACCGAGACACGCACCAACUACCCCAACAUCUUCCGCAUCUGCAACCUGGUGCUCUACAUCCUGGUCAUCAUCCACUGGAACGCCUGUAUCUACUUCGCCAUCUCCAAGUCGCUGGGCUUCGGCUCCGACACCUGGGUGUACCCUAACAUGUCGGAACCAGAGUUCAGCUCGCUCACCCACGGCUACAUCUACUGCCUGUACUGGUCCACCCUCACCCUCACCACGAUUGGGGAGAUGCCCGCACCAGUUCGGGAUGAGGAGUACCUCUUCGUGGUCUUCGACUUCCUGGUGGGCGUCCUGAUCUUUGCCACCAUCGUGGGAAACGUUGGUUCCAUGAUCUCCAACAUGAACGCCACGCGGGCCGAGUUCCAGGCCCGCAUCGACGCCAUCAAGCACUACAUGCAGUUCCGCAAAGUCAGCAAGGAGCUGGAGGCGCGCGUCAUCAAGUGGUUCGACUACCUGUGGACCAACAAGAAGGCGGUGGACGAGCAGGAGGUGCUGAAGAACCUGCCCAACAAGCUGCGGGCCGAGAUCGCCAUCAACGUGCACCUGGAGACGCUGAAGAAGGUGCGCAUCUUCCAGGACUGCGAGGCCGGGCUGCUGGUGGAGCUGGUGCUCAAGCUGCGGCCACAGGUCUUCAGCCCCGGGGACUACAUCUGCCGCAAGGGUGAUAUCGGCAAGGAGAUGUACAUCAUCAAGGAGGGCCGUCUGGCUGUGGUGGCAGACGACGGGGUGACCCAGUACGCCCUGCUGACGGCCGGCAGCUGCUUCGGCGAGAUCAGCAUCCUCAACAUCCAGGGCAGCAAGAUGGGCAACCGGCGGACAGCUAACAUCCGCAGCAUCGGCUACUCCGACCUCUUCUGUCUGUCCAAGGACGACCUGAUGGAGGCGGUGACCGAGUACCCCGACGCCAAGAAGGUGCUGGAGGAGAGAGGCCGGGAGAUCCUGCUGAAGGAGGGGCUGCUGGACGAGAGCGCAGGAGGAGGGCUGGGUGGGGAGCUGAUGGAGGAGAAGGUGGAGCGGCUGGAGGCAUCGCUGGACACGCUGCAGACGCGCUUCGCCCGGCUGCUGAGCGAGUACUCAGCCACGCAGCAGAGGCUCAAGCAGCGCCUCACCACGCUCGAGCGCCGUCUCCGCCAAAACGGCAGCGGCUUCCUGUCCGACGCCGACGGCAACGAGAGCACCAACGAUGCGGACGGCACGCGCAGCGAGGCAUAUGUCCUGCUCUGA